CGGUGUGCAGUGUGCAGAGCCGCGCUCCGGGCGACCUAAGAAGGCAGCUCCGGAGUGAGAGGGGCUUUGCCUCCCAGCCUGCCGCCCCCUCGCUCCAACCCUCCGGCUGACCCCAAUUUCAGCGGCCGCGACCCACGCUGCCGCUGGGAAACUUUGCCCCAUUGCAGCGGGCAGACACUUUGCACUGGAAUUUACAAUCUGCGAGCCAGGACAGGACUCCCCAGGCGCCAGGGAGGGAAUUUUUGUCUAUUUGGAGACAAUGUUCUCUGCCUCUGCCCUCGAUCGGCUCCCCUGAAAAGAGCUCCUCUAGCUAUUUGAAGGCUGGAUUUCCUUUGGGCGGUAGAAAACCCGCAGACAGCCACAACUAUGUCCCUCAACGUGAGCUUUGCCAGCAGGAACUAUGACCUCGACUACGACUCAGUGCAGCCCUAUUUCAUCUGGGACGAGGAAGAGAAUUUCUAUCACCAGCAACAGCAGAGCGAGCUGCAGCCGCCCGUGCCCAGUGAGGAUAUCUGGAAGAAAUUCGAGCUGCUGCCCACCCUGCCCCUGUCCCCCAGCCGCCGCUCCGGGCUCUGCUCUCCAUCCUAUGUUGCAGUCGCUAAGUCCUUCUCCCCAAAGGAAGACAAUGACGGCAGCGGUGGCAACUUCUCCACCGCCGAUCAGUUGGAGACCGAGCUGCUUGGAGGAGACAGGGUGAACCAGAACUUCAUCUGCGAUCCUGACGACGAGACCUUCAUCAAGAACAUCAUCAUCCAGGACUGUAUGUGGAGCGGUUUCUCUGCCGCUGCCAAGCUGGUCUCGGAGAAGGUGGCCUCCUACCAGGCUUCGCGCAAAGACAGCGCCAGCCUGAGCCCCGCCCGUGGGCACAGCGACUGCUCUACCUCCAGCCUGUACCUGCAGGACCUCACCGCCGCCGAGUCCGAGUGCAUUGACCCCUUGGUGGUCUUUCCCUACCCGCUCAACGACAGCAGCUCACCCAAAUCCUGUACCUCGUCCUAUUCCACAGCUUUCUCUCCUUCUUCGGACUCGCUGCUGUCCUCCGAGUCCUCCCCACGGGCCAGCCCUGAGCCCCUAGUGCUGCAUGAGGAGACACCGCCCACCACCAGCAGCGACUCUGAAGAAGAACAAGAAGAUGAGGAAGAAAUUGAUGUGGUGUCUGUGGAAAAGAGGCAAACCCCUGCCAAGAGGUCCGAGUCAGGGUCAUCCCCAUCAAGAGGCUAUAGCAAACCUCCACACAGCCCACUGGUCCUCAAGAGGUGCCAUGUCUCCACUCACCAGCACAAUUAUGCAGCGCCCCCCUCCAUGAGGAAGGACUAUCCAGCUGCCAAGAGGGCCAAGUUGGACAGUGGCAGGGUCCUGAAACAGAUCAGCAACAACCGCAAAUGCUCCAGCCCCAGGUCCUCAGACACGGAGGAAAACGACAAGAAGUGGACACACAACGUCUUGGAACGUCAGAGGAGGAAUGAGCUGAAGCACAGCUUUUUUGCCCUGCGUGACCAGAUCCCUGAAUUGGAAAACAACGAAAAGGCCUCCAAGGUAGUUAUCCUCAAAAAAGCCACCGCCUACAUCCUGUCCAUUCAAGCAGAUGAACACAAGCUCUGCUCAGAAAAGGAUUUACUGAGGAAACGGCGAGAACAGUUGAAACACAAACUUGAACAGCUUCAAAACUCUGGUGCAUAAACUGACCUAAAGCGAAGAAGAGCUGGAAUCUCUCAUGAGAGUAAGGAGAACGGUUCCUUCUGACAGAACUGAUGCGCUGGAUUUCAAAUGCAUGCUCAAAGCCUAACCUCACAA